AUGUCGGACUCGGAGGAGGACAGCCAGGACAAGCAGCUGAAAAUUGUGGUUAUUGGAGACGGAGCGAGUGGGAAGACAUCACUCGCCACCAGGUUUGCACAGGAGGCCUUUGGGAAGCAGUACAAACAAACCAUUGGCCUGGAUUUCUUUCUGAAGAGAAUAACCCUUCCAGGUAAUUUAAACGUGACCCUGCAGGUUUGGGACAUCGGAGGCCAAACAUUAGGGGGGAAAAUGCUGGAUAAAUAUGUAUAUGGAGCUCAUGGUGUUCUCCUGGUAUAUGACAUCACCAACUACCAGAGCUUUGAAAAUCUAGAGGAUUGGUUCAGUAUGGUCAAAAAGGCAAAUGAAGAAUCUGAUAUCCAGCCAGUAAUCUUCUUGGUUGGCAAUAAAAGUGAGUAUCAUAUAAAAUAUGUGUUUGGAAUUAUGUUUUGUAAAGUUUUAGAAUAG